AUGAGGUCUAUUCAUCUUAGUGUGUUUGUUGUACUGUACUUAAGUGCCUCUCUGAAUGGCCUUGUGCACUGCAGUGAACAGUUCUUUGUGCAGUCAAUCCAUCAUGGUACAUUCAUCAGAAAGAACUUUCUAAAGGGGAGAAUCUCUUACUAUUCAAACUGCUCAGCUUCGUUCCAAAUAGAACUAUUGCAUGCUGGAGAUGUUCAUCCGAAUCCAGGACCGGACAGGGGUAAAGAUGACUCACUCUCCUCUUCACCUAGACCUGAUCAUCAUCUUCAUCAUCUUCAACUUGCAAUUAGGUAUUCCCCAUCAGAACUCUUGCAGUGGAGACAUCCAAGAAUACAGCUUCCACAUAACGUUCAACGCGCCAUUCGGUCGCUCGGAAUUCAUCGAAGGAGAACACGUAGAGGAACACGAGGUGGCAAACGAAAGAACAGUACUAGUAUCACACAGAAGAGUCAAGAUCGUCCAUCUUCUAACUUCCGGCUAUGCUCAGAUACGUCAGAUACAUCUGUAGAUGCAAACCAUGAUGAACUUAAUUUCUGUGUGCUUAAUGCUCGCUCACUCAGAAAUAAAUCAACAGACUUUCAAGACUUUGUUGCUGACAAGCACCUUGACAUUGUAUGUGUAUGUGAGACUUGGCUAACUACAUGUGACGAUGCGGUGAUUGCUGAUCUCUGUCCGGAUGGUUUCACCUUCAAGCAUCGACCUAGGGUCGGAAGACGUGGCGGAGGCAUCGGACUUCUUUAUUGCAAUCAACUCGAUGUAGUUAUUAAACCGCAUGUAGUCUAUGAGAGCUUCGAGAUGAUGUCAGCUACUGUGACUUCGAAAGGCAUUAGUACUGACAUUGUCACCAUCUACAGGCCUCCUGGGACUCAGUCUGCUCUCACACAGUUCCUUGAUGAGUUCACAUCAAUGCUUGAUGAUAGACUCCUUCGAGCGACACCUCUACUGAUAUGCGGCGAUUUGAAUAUCCACUUGGACAAUCUGACUUCUUCUAACACCAAGAGAUUCAUUGAAUUGUUGUCCAGUCAUGGUCUUCUACAAGUAGUCGAUGAAGCUACCCAUGAGAAAGGACAUAUUCUUGAUGUGUUGAUAUUCCGCAAAUUUGAGAGUCAUUUUCAUUCCAACCUUCAAGUCACACCAGGCAUAUCUGAUCAUUCUGCCAUCACUUGCAAACUUCAUGUUGGUAAACCUCACCAGAUCAGCAGUUGUAAAGUUGUGCGAAAUAUUAAAGUGAUAGACAGAAAUGCAUUUGCAGCAGAUGUUCUUCAUGCUUUUACGUCAGUUUCCACCAUAGACAUACAGAUUGCUGUCGACAACUACAACUCUCAGCUACGUAGCAUCUUGGAGAUUGUUGCACCUGCUAAGACACGCUGCAGGCGAGAUCACUCUUUCAGCCCGUGGUACAACCAUGAAAUUGCCAUCGCAAAGCGUAGCUGUCGACAAGCUGAACUGAAAUGGCGAUCACAAGGCAAGUUGGAAAUUGAUCGGCAACUGUAUUGCAAUCAAAGAAAGGCUGUCAACUCCCUUGUUCGAAAAGCAAAGUGUAAUUACUAUGUUAUUCUCAUCGAAGACUGUGGAACAGACUCUAAACGACUAUUCAGUGUGGCCAAUCAUCUUCUAGGUCGCAAGAAGUCAUCACCUCUUCCAGCUCAUGUUGAUAGUGAAAGUUUAGCCCAGCUCUUCAUGCAGUUCUUUCAGUCAAAGACAAAUAAGAUAUGUAGCAGUAUGUCCACAGACUUCACGCAGUCUUCAUCUGUGCAAACAUCUGCAUCUCUGCUAUCUUUUGAACCCACGACACCAGCUGAGAUUGAGAGACUUCUUCGCAAUAUGCCACCGAAGUCCUGCGAAGUUAGCUUACAUCCACCCAGUCUUAAAGAAGCCAUCUCUUGA